UCCCCGGCCCCGCGACGUCAGGGGCUCGCGGCGCGCGGCGGUGACGUCGGGCGCGGCGGCGGCGCGGCCAUGGGCAAGAGCCGGGCGCGCGGCAGCGGCAGCGGCAGCGUGUUCGGCGCGGCCGGCGCGAGGGCGGCCAGGGCCAGGGCCAAGGCCAAGGGCCGAGCGAGGCCCGUGCGCACGGCGCUGCGCAAGAUAAAUAUUGUAAAUGAUGAGAAAGUCAGAGCACUAAAUAAAGCAUUUACAGAAGUUCAGAAAGAAGUAAAGCAGCUAUCAAAAGGCACAGCAGCAGAACCUCAAAAGGAACAUCAGGUUUCUGAGCAUCUGGAACAUGAACCAGCAAACGUGGAUGCUGCUACAAGCCUAUUAUCUCAGCUGUAAUGCAUAAUAGAUGAUGCAGGGAUUCCAAGAAGAGAAGAGUGCACAGAGUGGUUGCUUUGUUUGUACAAUUUUAUUAAAAAAAUCUUGUUAAUAUACAA